CCGUCCCAUCGGGUCUUUCGCGUCGCUCCCCACACGCGAGCGAGCCAAACACGCAAACGGAACGGGCCUCGUCUCGUCCUCCCUCCCCCCUUAUCCUCUCCGGACCGGAGCCUCCCCUGCUUCCUCCCUCCCCCCGAUGGCGUCCCUCACCACCACCACCUCCUCGCCCGCGGCUCUACCCGCCGCCCCCGCCGCCGCCGCGGCCUCGUCCGUCUCGCCCACGGCCGCCGCCUCCAAGCGGCCGCACCUCGCGGGCGACGACGCGCCGUGGCGCGUCGCGGCGACCGGCUCCGCCGGAAUCCGCCCCGUCCCGCGCAUCCACCACGCCCCCGUGCUCCGGGUACCCCAGGACCACUCCUCCGCCUACGCCCUCGCCCUUAUGAAGCAUCCGGAUCCGAUAGGAGUAGGGCUGGCCAUGGAGGCGGUGGCAGAGGCAGCUGGGCCAGAGUGCAUCGUGCCUGGCCAGCACGCGCCGCUGCGGCUUCUGGGGCUCAAGGUUUGGCCCCUUGAUAUAGAGAUGAAGUUCUUGGAACCAUUUGGCCGGGAAUUACAUUCCAUGAAGAAGUUCAUGGACAAGUCAUGCAGUGUCAUGGACUCUUCUUCUAUGGCACACAAGUAGGCGCAUGCCAGAGUUGUUCCUUCCAGUACCUAGCUGAUGUUGUACCCGCAGUGCUUGAUGAAGUUACAAGACCAUAAACAUGCCAACUUAAAAGGUCCACGGACAGAAACAUCAUUCUUGAGUAUCUUGAGUUGCAUCACUUGAUGGAACGGAGAUAUGGCAUCGGGAACACAUCAAUGGUUAGCAAGUAACUUCGACAGUAAACUCUGUGUGGACCUUGCCCUCAGUUCGCACCAAGAUAAAUCCUCAUCAACAUGUAAUGCAUUUGUUAUAUUCAUGACUCGUUGAAUACAAUACUGAGUUGGCAAGAGAACGAAAAAAAUGAUCCUACAAAUCACCAUUUGUUCUUGUUA